UUUUAAUUCCAACAUCUUUGGAUUUAUUUCAUCUGUUGGCGGUUAAUCUUGGCCAGAUAACAGUAUGACAAUGGAAUAAUGGAAUGGAUCAAUUGUUUAUUUCGAACCGUGGACCGAGACCAUCGAUGCAUUUCAGCUGCCCUUCUAGUUUUUGACAUAUCACUUUACAAUAUUACGUACAUGCUGUGAGCCCGUCGAUAGUUCAUGAAUCACGUUACAGCGGAAACACGAAUUACGAAUAAGUCCGGUAGUCGACAACUUGAGAAACAUAACGAUUAACGAUAAUACUUCAAAAUGUCUAUGGAACAUACCGAUAAACAUAUGGAAAAACAGUCGAGUCACAUUUUCAACUCUUAUGUUAAACUUGUACGAUUAUCAAAAGAGGAUAUAGAGCGGAAUACGGCCAAUAAUCAUAAAAAGGAGAAUACGUCAACAUUAUUGAAUCAGUGGAAUACUCCUAAUGGAUUAAUAAAACAGGAACAUAUAGAAGAUACUAAUGAGAUCUAUGAAGCCACAAUAGAUCAUACUUCAUGGCAAUCUACUACGGUGCAGACAUUUGGGAUUAAUGUGAAAAUUGAACCUACUGAUGAAGUUGAAGUGAAAACUGAGCAAGAGAACAGAAUUAGAACUAUAACUGAGGGUAAUACUGCAUUUUCAAACUACAUGGAAAGUGUUAACCUAAAUGAAUUAAUUUGCCAAAUAUGCCAUGAUAAUUUUGAUAAUUAUGAAGAAUAUAUAAUCCAUACAAAUUUAAUACAUAAAAGUAAACCUUUCGUAUGUCAAGUUUGCAAUGCAAAAUUUAUUCUUAAUGGUCAUUUGAAUAUACAUCUGGUUGAACAUGUUAAUAAUGUAUGCAUGUUAAAUUCAUCCGCAAGUCCUUCAAAAAUCCAGUCUUCAUCUAAAAGUAAUUUGACAAUAAAUCCAAAUAGAAAUUACAAGAACUCUAAAUCAACCUCAAAAUUGGCAAAAAAAUGCUACAAUACUAAUACUUCAGUAAAUGUAUCAAACAAUUUUAUCCAAAACUUAAGUGUAACUGAUUCCAACACAACUUUUCAAAAAAACAAAUGCAAAGCAUUUAAGUGUGUAAAUUGCGUGUUUGCAACAGAGUCUGAAACUAAAUUUCUUAAUCAUCAUGAUAUUUGUAGUAACACUUCAAAGGAUAGUUCCAGGUUCUAUAAAUGUAAUUUGUGUAUUAAAACAUUCACAACUCGUUCAGGAUUAAAUGGCCAUUUGAAAUAUCAUACUUUUAGAAGUGAAAUGGUUUCAAGAAGACAACUGGCAUUAGACAAGCAGAAAUUGAAAAAUCGAAUCAAAAAUAGUAGCGUAAAAUCUCAAAAAUAUGUUUUUCCAAAGAUCGCAAAUUUUAACAGAAGUCAUAAGUGUAAAGAUUGCAAUAAACAUUUCUCCACACGCAGCAAAUUAAAUAUUCAUUACAAGCAACACAGACAGCAAAUGAUAUGCAAUAAAUGUCAUAAAAAAUUUCUUUUAAAGAAAAACUUUGAAAAACAUUUACUAUCACACACAAAUGUUAAAAUGUUAAAUGGUAUUUCUAAUGACACUUCAUUUAAUGAAAGUAAUUCACUACAAGACCAAAAUGCAAUUAAGAGCACAGGUGACAAAAGCGAAUAUCAAAAUAUUUUGAAAAAUGAAAAGUUGUUUCAUUGUUCUUAUUGCAAUAAAAGUUACAAAUCAAAACAAUCUCUGAGCCAACACAAUAGACAGCAUCAUUCUCGUUUUAAACUCCCUCGUCGGAAGCUAAAAUCAAAAACUGUUGAAUGCAAUUGGUGUAGUUUAGUAAUAACAAAAUGUAACUUACUUCGUCAUAUUAAAUCUUUGCAUCCUAACAUUAAUCCUAUAAAAUGUGUACACUGUCCAAUGGCAUUUAAGGAUUCUCCUUCAUUAAAAUUGCAUAUGGCUAGAUGUCAUACAGUUUAAGAAUAAUACUUAGUUUGUAAAAUGCUUUUAAAUUUUAAUUAAUUCAAUCAUCUUGAAUAGGUAAGAUACAUUGAAUUAUUGUACAAUGUGGACUAAUUUUUCAGAAUAUUUUUAUACCUGUACUUUUUCCUUUGCAUUAUUUUUUAAUCUCUCCAUUUAUAAAUUAUGUAAGUACUCAUAAUGAAUUAACUUUACUACCUUAUUGUAAAACUUAAGUCAUAUUUCUACUCUAAUUUUUAUUUAUAAUUAAGUUUUUGUUUCCAUUAUUUUAUUGUAACAUGAAGACGUGUCAGCAAUAACAAGACAUUUCCAAUUAAAAUAUUUUUUUAGGACACUAAAAAGCUAUCUGGAAAUGUAUAGUAGUUACAUCAAAAAAUAAACCAGACAUCUCCAUUUUUAUAAUAUAUCAGUAUCUAAUGAUCAGAUAUUAUAUUUGAUAGUUGUACUAAUUGACAUAUUUAAAAAAAUAAUUUAUAAUAAUUAUAAAAGUGAUUUUGGUAAAAUGUCUUGUAAUUUCUGCCAUGUUUAUUAAUGAUUAUUUAAUUUUGUAUACAUUUAUUUUCGAUGUAAAAUAAUAUGCUAGCACAACAAUUAUCGGUAUUGCAAUGUUUCCUCCGUGGGUUUUUUAGUGAUAAGUAUUGGUGUUUCAGUCCGCGAACAAUCUUACUAAAGUAAAAAUAAUAUUAGUUAGGUUAAAUUAUCUGAUUUUUUUAAUUUGUAUUAUUUAAUGUUAUAUUUGUAAUAUUUAUACUAGUACCUAAAUUGUGUAUAAUACAAUAUUUAAUUUUGAUUAUUAAUAUAGAUAAAAAAAAUAUUGAUUUGUAUAGGUAUACAAAAUAAAAGGCACCAUUCAUUUAUCUGGAUUUGUAUAUUGUUUGAUAUUUU